AUGAUAAUAAAGGAAUCCGAGGAAGAAGGGCAAAAGGAAAAAGAAGAGCCUGGUUACUGCAAGAAAGCAAAAGAUUCAGAAGAGGCGAAGGAUAAAGAAAAGCCGGAGAUGAAAACUAUACAAGCGUCGAAAAGAGCAGAGAUACUGGGAGACACCAAGGGAAAGGAAGAUCCAAACCCAUCCCAGGAUGUGGAAGAUGUUAAGGACACAGAAGAGCCAGAAAAGAAAAAGGAAAUAGAACAGACUGGAGAGCUUGAGGAACCUGUGGUGAUCGAAGGUGAAGAAACAGAAGAUCCCAAAAAGAAAGUCCAAAAGGAAUUUGAUGCUCGAACUCAAGCCCAAGAAAUGAAAUACACAACAAUAGAUGAUUUGCUUGUAGAAGCGGUCAGAAAGGUUGUAGGGAUAGAAGAAAAUAAGGCUGCAGAGGAUGAACCAGAAGGCGACAAGGAACCCACGACAAAUGGAGUAUGCGAACUUUCUACUGAUGGAAAUUUAAAGCAUUUAGAAAGCAAGGAAUCAACGGCUGUUGAAGAGGAGACCAAAGAGACGGAGUCCGAUGACGAAGUUAUAUUCUUUGAACCCCUAGAGAAGACCGAAAAUGUGGGCACCACAGCCAAUCCAACGAACGAAAAUUCUGUGAAACCACAAGCUAAGGAUGACGAAGAAUCCGAGGAAGAAGGGCAAAAGGAAAAAGAAGAGCCUGGUUACUGCAAGAAAGCAAAAGAUUCAGAAGAGGCGAAGGAUAAAGAAAAGCCGGAGAUGAAAACUAUACAAGCGUCGAAAAGAGCAGAGAUACUGGGAGACACCAAGGGAAAGGAAGAUCCAAACCCAUCCCAGGAUGUGGAAGAUGUUAAGGACACAGAAGAGCCAGAAAAGAAAAAGGAAAUAGAACAGACUGGAGAGCUUGAGGAACCUGUGGUGAUCGAAGGUGAAGAAACAGAAGAUCCCAAAAAGAAAGUCCAAAAGGAAUUUGAUGCUCGAACUCAAGCCCAAGAAAUGAAAUACACAACAAUAGAUGAUUUGCUUGUAGAAGCGGUCAGAAAGGUUGUAGGGAUAGAAGAAAAUAAGGCUGCAGAGGAUGAACCAGAAGGCGACAAGGAACCCACGACAAAUGGAGUAUGCGAACUUUCUACUGAUGGAAAUUUAAAGCAUUUAGAAAGCAAGGAAUCAACGGCUGUUGAAGAGGAGACCAAAGAGACGGAGUCCGAUGACGAAGUUAUAUUCUUUGAACCCCUAGAGAAGACCGAAAAUGUGGGCACCACAGCCAAUCCAACGAACGAAAAUUCUGUGAAACCACAAGCUAAGGAUGACGAAGUUGUUCUCGUCUCCGAGGAUGAGGAUGAAACACCGCAGAAUAAGAUACCGGAAAAGGAAGUUCAAACUACCCAAAAGGAAACAGCUUUAAAAGAACUUUCCAAUGAUUCCACUACAGAAUCAGGUGAAGCUAAGGACCUACAAAUAGACAACUCCGACAAUGCGUGCGAUCAGUUUGAGAAACUGAAGACCCAUGAUGUGGGAUGA